AUGCAAAGCGUAUUUGGUGCAAUAUUCAGCAACUAUGAUCAUACCAACGAAGAGUUUUGUAAAGAAUUUGUAAAAGAGUUGCGUAAGAGCACAACAAUACCAAUUUGGGUUGACUAUGAAAAUGUUGACCCGUCUGAUGAUAUGUGGAAAUACGUAUCUCCAAAUAUUAUAUCGGCAACAGUGAUUAUUAUCUUGGUAUCAACAGCCUAUGGUGAAAGUACUGAUAAAUUUCAAGAAUUAUCUUACAUAAUUUCUACUAAUAAAUCAAGAGAUGAAAAGAAAGGCUUAAUCCUAGUCGCAACUGAACCUAAUUUCAGUUUCAACCGAUCUUGGAUGAAAGAUCUGUUGCAUGACAAGACUAUGGUUCCCUAUGAAAAUAAUAUUGGUCAUAUGGUUUGGAAUUUAUGUGAACAGAUUGGUGUGUUGAAGAAACCGCGAAUUAAAUGUCUAAAUUGGCUACUCAAAAAUGUACGAAGAAAAACAGCUCAAUCUGAUGAUUUUUCAGCCAAAACUUUGAAAUUGAUUCCAGAAAAUGAUAAAGUCUAUUAUCAAAAGGAAUCUUCACAAGUGGACGAUAGUACCGAUAUUUUACUUCCAUCAAAAACACAUAGUUCACAGUCCAUUGUUACUGGACUAAGGACGCAAACCGGAUCCGUUAGUGGUUCAACCUGGGUAUGA